ACAGCUGUGAGUGACGUGUGCUGUCGUCUUAAAUUUGUGUACUGUAAUUGCUGUACGUAGUACUGUACUGUAAACGUAUAUACUGGAGAUUUCACAAUCGUCAUAUCUGUAUAUGCGGUGCGGUGGGUGAAGAUUUUCCCCGAGAUUUCUACACUUUUUGUUAAAACGUUCAAAAUACCACCCGGAUGAAGAUCCUAUCUUCUAAUCUUUGUAUUCCGGAAGCUACAAAGUAGGAAACCAUCUAGUUAUUUUACAGAAUGAUUGUUUGUGAAAUGGUGGCCAGGUGCUGUGAGGUUACAUUACAUUUGUACCAUAGGAUGGAACCAGGAAGGAUGUGUCCCGAUGUGUCGCUGCUGUGUCUACUUCAGUUUUAACGGUAUUUAUAUAUCAUAACAGCUGUUUGGGAGUCUCGUUGUCAUUCUCGCGCAUGAAGUUGUUGCGGUCGGUACUGAUGUUAUGGUUUGAGGCUGACUGGGUGAGUGGAUCAUGUGGUUUCAGUGAAUCGGUUAGCCACAAGUAAAAUGAGCAUGUAGCAAGACGAUUUACAUGGCAAUGGACGUGGUGCGAGUGUCUAGUGAGGACUCUGUAUCUGGUUGUGAAAGUAGAGGCAAGUCUGAUCGCAUGAUUCCAGAGGCAAGCUCCUGCACUUGUACCUAUGACUUUGCUAUCUUGCAUGGAGAAAAAGACAAAGGCUUAGCUGAGAGGUUCUUUACAGUUUUAGAAGGAACAUACAAGCUAAAAGGGUAUCUAAGCAAGCGAGACUGUGUGGUGGGUGUUAUCAAACAACGGCAACUUGUUAGAGCAUGGCAGGCUUCUAGCUUCAUCAUUGAACUCAUCUCACCGUCUUCAUUCAAGAAUAAGGUCUUCCAGAAGUACAGGAGCAUUGCGCAUGAGGUAGAGAGUAAGCGGACCAAACCAAAUCAUCCAGAGGUGCUUCCGAUCUAUGUGGAUAUUCCUCUGAAGGAGCAACGUGGCGUGAGUACCAGGGUCGGUCGGUCUUACUCGGACACCAACCUCUUCUGGGACGAGUUAGCAGCUCACAUUCUGAACAACCACUCUUGUGCUGAAGUUACCAAAGAAGCUUCUGUUGAAUCCAGGGUAGACUCCAAUCAAAAUGACCCAUCCUCCAAUGCUCAUCUUGACUUGACAAAUAAUAACAAUGACCCAGCUGAGAAGCCUCUUCCUGUCAAAUGCAGGAAAAAGCACAAGAUAUUCAGAGGAUUAUUCAAGAACAACAAAAAGUUCAAGAGAAAGUUAAAGACCUCAAGUGACUAUAAAAAGAAAGCCAAGGGAGGUAAACGCAAAUCAAAAAAGAACUUGAAAUCUCUUCGUAAGUUACUUGUAUGCGUGCCUACCGGCUCAGAAGAGUGUUCAUGCUCGAGUCCACCAACAAGUAUCCAGCCCGUUUCAACAUUUCACUCGCCCAAUACUGCCAAGGUGGAGGAAGUUGAACUGAAUUUUGCAGAAACUGCUUCUAGAAUGGACACAACCUCAGAGCAUGAGAGAUAGCUCGUCCCAUUACACUGCUUCAUUAAAGGCAAUGUCAUAAGAAGAUUUGUAGCCAAGUUUUAUUCACCAAUGAGCUGAUCAGUACCAAUUAAGUGCAUGGACAAUAAACAGUGUGACAAUUACUUGUGCAGCAACAAGGAGUAUUGCAACUUGGUGUGUUACAAUAACAGAUAUUUCAGCAACAAGCCCAUGCAUUGUGCUCUAUAGCCGAAAGUGGAAGUUCGUGGUUGAAAGAGGAACAUUGCACUUGACUGACUACGAGUCUGAGCCAGCAACCUUUCCUUUCUUUUGGGAGGGAAAUAGAAAGAACAAGUAGAAAGUUGAUGGAGAUUUUAUCUAUUGGGAGUCAUACAUGUAUUUCACUUGGUUUCCUCUUUAUCUUAUUGUUAUCAAGUGUUUUUUUUUUCCAUAUUGUUUGGGUUUGGAUAGCAGAUAUGACAUCGCAUGUGAUUUUAGUACUUCCUGGUAAAAAAGUAUGAUUCAUUUCUACUGGAAAAAUAUAUAGUGUAGCCUGUAUCUGCAUUAGCCUGUAACUGCAUAAUGGAGUUGACUUACAACAUUGAAGCUGGAGAGCAUAUCAAGUUUGUUUGUCCAAUAUGAGUAUGCCUUUGGAGAAACCCCUUACUGUGGUGAGCGUUGCUGAUACACAGUCUUCUACCGAUUCUGCUCCGUACAAUCUUACCUCUGUCAGUGAUGCAAAUGAAAAUGUGGUUGGAUCAAAGGACAAAUAUGAGAACAUUGAGGAGCCAGAAAAGGCAUUUGAUUUCCUUGUGUGGAACCAUGAAUCUAAUAAAGAGGAAGCAGGCAGAAUCUAUGAACAGAUGGAGAAACUCGGUCUGCGAGGGUACAUCUACGACAGAGACAAGAUUAUAGGGCAGUAUAAACUAACAGCCAUCGAACAAGCCAUCCGGAAUACUGCAAAUAUUAUACUUAUGAUUUCAACGGAAGCCCUUGGGUGUGGAGCGUUCUCUCGUAAAAUGCAUGCCUCCACCAACUACAAUGUGAUUCCAAUUUACGUUGGUCUUCCAAAGUCAAAGUAUCCGAGACUUCUCCGGCAUCAUGUCGGCAUCCGUUACGAAAACAGUGAUGAUUUCUGGGGUCGACUUCACACUGCGAUUACAAGACCUAGGAAAGACAGUGAUAGUUCUGUGGAGGUUGGGAACCUAUCAAAACCUAUUAAAAAAGAGAAAGAACCUUCCCCUCAAGCUUCACAAUUACCAAGAAAGACCACAAAACCAAUCAAACUAGUACCAGAAAAAAAAUCAGCACAGACAGCAACACCUGACAAACCAUACAGCUCGCCACAAAGUUCCAGGCAGAAGUCAGAGAAGAAAGGCUUGUUUUCAUUAUUUAGCAGGAAGCAGAGUAAAGAACAGGAAGAUAUGUCAAUUCAAAUGAAACCCAUUAGAAAGAAACAUGGAGCUUUUGAUGUUGAAGUGAAUGAUACAUGUAGGUAAUGAGACCCAUAGUCACACUGAGAAAUUGAAUGCUAAGGGUAGGUUACACAGAACCAAGCGAUUGAUUUUAUACUUGUUUUAAUGAUUGAUUGUACAUCAUGGUCAGUGCAAUCAAUUGUAAAAAGUAUGUCUAUGAUCAUUGCUAGAAUUUGAGUGACCAGGCCUGGGACUUUCUAGUGACCAGGCCAAAUAAUGGCUCUAGAUUCAUUUGGAACAUCAGUGUGACUCGAGGAUAAACUUCCAGGAUGAGAUCCAGGAACUGAACCAAGAUGGAGCCUCAUGAUCUCUUGAUAUGAAAAAAGUAUUUGGAUCCCUCAUUUUCUGGUCUAUUCCAUUCGCAAUAGAGUACCGAAGCGAUGACGUCAGUUGCCAUGGUGUCAUGGCAGGCAGGUUCUAAACAAAUGAACACGCCGAAUGAAAGCGUGUGUUCCUCGUAGGAGAAAAUGGCUGUUAUUGGAAUUUGAUCACUGGCAACCUAUUUUUCAGAUGAGCCAAAGUCAUUUGCAAAUACAAAUGUGUACAGACGGUCGUCAGCUGCAACUCUGUUUAGAACCAGCCCGCCAUGACACCAUGGCAACUGAUGUCACACUUCGGUACUGUCAUCAUCCUUUGCCAUGUUAUGUAUGUUAACAGUUCACUGGUCAGUGGUGAGCAAUUUCUGGAAUAUUCCUUAUGAAAUUCAGCUAAAAAUAAAUAUUUUUCAUCCAUAUUUUUCAUCCUAGUUCUGUAAUCAAUUACACAAAUCUUGUUUGGUUGCUCUAGCAAAAGGAGACCCUUCAGAAACAACUAUCAAGUGGCAACUGAGUUUAUGAAUUAAUUUUUGAGACUUGGAAUGCAAUCAACUAAAUAUGCAUUAGCACAGUCUGACAGAGUAGAAAUACAUGUAAGUUUAGCAACAAAUUCUUGUGGAUGGGAUCAUGAGUUACGUGUAAAUGAAUAUUAAAAGUCAUUUGUGAACAAUAUAUAAUAUAUCAUAUGAAAACUUGAGUGUCUAUCCCAUAUUCUGAAAUAUAUCAUCAUGAUUAGAUGAAAACAAGUCAGGGUGCAAAUACUGACUUACAUGUACAGUGCCAAACCAAGUCAUGCCUUAUCAUUAAAAGCCUUCAUUUUAGUUUAGAGUUUUCAAAUACAUGGUUACAUGUAAUUCUAAAACAACAUUCAAGAAUUCAAAAUCAAUGACUUAAUGCAUGGCUGUGAUUUGAGAUAGCAUAGCUUCUCUAAAGGAACUAUUUAUACAUUUCUUGUGUCUCAAGCUCUCUUGUUUUCCAUUGUCAUAUCCGGAUUGGUUGCUGUCGUCUUCUCUCUAACUAAUCAGUAGUCUUUCCAUACAGACCCAGUACAAAUGAUAGAUCAUUGGAGAAAUUAUUAAAAAAAAAAAAAAGUUUGAGACAAAGCUUAACUGGUUUGAAAGGUUACUGAAUUGAUGUACUUAAAGAGAAAUCUCACCCUUAUACAUGUAGGUUGCAGGGCCGGUACUCAAUUUGAUACUUAAGCCAAAUAAUGAAGUCUUUUACUCAGUAUUUAAAAGUAAAGUAUUUAACCAUCUUUGGUAUUCAAUUGCAUUUUGGGGCUAAGUAUUAUGCUUAAAUACAAGUCAAAUCGCCUACCAGACUUAAGGUUGGCUUGCAUGCAGUUUACAUAUGUGAUACGCGCAGUCAUACAUUCUGCACACAGAUGGAUACAUUCAUCGCACAUUAUUUAGCUCAAACUUUAUGACAUCACAAUGGUUAUUAGUAAGUAUUUUGCUUGAAUUUAGCACGACAAAGUAAAGAACUUACAAAAAAGUAACAAAAUCAAUACUUUAAAAUGAAUACCGGCCCAGGACUUUAAAUGUAUCUUCAAGAGAUGUAGAAGAAGCAACAUAUAUUAAAGUUAAUGAAAUGUGUCUAAAAAGGUUGGACAGUAUAUACAAAAGCAGGCAAAGUUGAUGUCUGAUCAUUCCUUUUCACAUGUGAAAUGUUAUCAAAUAUGUCUCUAAUCUUGCCUUUUAUUUCUAUGUUUUAAUGUUUUAAUAUUAAAAAUCCCUUUUCCCAAAUGAUCAAAUUUUUAAGGGGCACAUGAAAAUGUGAUAGAACGUGUGUGUUGAUGUCCAUUGCUGCAUAUACAUGUGAAUUCAAACAUACAUUGUAAUUCAUGCACAUGCUGUGUAGUAACAUAUUUAUUUAGUAUGUUUUAGAGGAAAAAUUAGAUGAUUAUGUGCUUCUGAACCAAACUGCCAUGUAUAAUUAAUCACUAAGAAAAUGAAAAGUCUAGGAAGAGUACGUGCUCUUUUAUGUGUUCUUGAUAGAUUCAUGCAUUCAUGAAUUUAGAAUGGUAUUAAAAUAAUAACACAAUGAUUGCAUAUCAGAAAAGGGAGCCGCAGCACACCUUACUACAUGUAUAUGGCAUGUGAAAGCAGCUUAAUCACAAUUACAAUUCAUACUGACUGUCAUAAAACGUAAAUUACAGCCUAUUUUAGAUCAGAGGUGUGUUCCCGGUCAAUAUGGUUUCAUUACUGAGGAAGAAUCUUAAUACUCCUCACAAACAGCAACCACAGAAGGAAAUAGAAGUCUGUGGAAAGAAAUCUAUUAUGGUUUACCCCAAUUGGAAUUAUCUCCUGGAUCCUGUAAAACAAAGUUUAGCGAUUAAUCGUACGCUCGAUUUUCACGAUUGAUUUAACAUUGUAGUCAUUGCAAUAAAUCAUAGAGAAAUGGUCUACGAUCAUUGUUAAGCUUUGUGUUAUAGGCCCCUGGUGUAAUAGCAUUUGUGGUCAGAUUUUCUUUUGUUUUGUUUCUGCCACUUUAUUCAUUCAAUUUCAUGACCCCACCACCUUAAAAAAAAAAGCGCACCAACACUGGCAUUGAUGAAGAAUGAAUGUCAAUAUUUUGCUUUCACUGUCAUCUCAGACUCAGUCUAUAACAUCCAUCCUUCUUGUAGAGGAUUUUGUAGUUCAUAACUUGUUUUGAUAGAGAAUGUGCCCCCCCCCCCACCCGAAAAAAAAACCUGGAUGUACUAAUGCUGUAAUAUUAUUCUGUUUUAAUAUUAAAUAUCAUUAAUCAUAUUUAAACAGGAUGUAAUGAAAUUUAGUGCUUUGAUAUAUGAUAUUUAAUUCAAAUCAUUUAGAUUAAUUAUUCUGAUAUACAUGUCCUUUAUUGAACCACACUAUUAAUUUUAAAGGUAUUAGUUGUUGUUAUGAUUGUGGAAACAUCAUGAUUAUCGUGUACAACACUCAGUGAUAUCUUUUAUUUUAUUGAAUGUCAUCAUUUGAAACCAUUCUUCUUGAAACAUCACCAAAACAAUAUUUAUUGAUUUAUGAACUAGAAUGCCCUUAUUUGGAAAUUUUUCAUUUUCCAGUAAGGUAUACAUAUAUAUAACCUAAACAGACCAUCAUUUCCGCCCUAAUUGCGGUUAGCAAAAUGAGUAAUCAAUCACUGUUGGGUUGUGCAGAGCUAUUUUUACUUUCACAACCGUGAUUUUGUCUGAAUUCAUGGAAAAUAUGCUCUAGGUUCCUGUAAAUGAUCCAGCCUAUUUUAGGAACCCUCUUAUAUCGUGCAUUUCAGGAAACGGGUUCUGAACUUUUAUUAUUUUUCAUCCUGUUAUGAUAAUUACCUCGAUGCUUUACAAAUUGAUAUAGAUUAUUUGAUGCCUUUCCUUGCCCACAUGGGAUAUGAAUGUCAGAGAAAGAGGAUGCGCUGAGAUUUCAUAAAGAAGGAAAAAUUACCAGAGGUCAGAUGAGGGUAUGGAUAUAUAAAAGAGACCAAAGUUCAUGACAAUUUAUAUCAAGUAAAUCAUUAAAAUCAAGAGUAUUUUUGUGUUUGGUCAAUGAGUAUUUGGGUGAGUUUUUUAAAAAUCCAUUUCAGCACUUGGCGGUAUUCUGGGAUAUACAUUAAAUUACACCAAAAUUGGGCUCAUGUCUUAGCUAUUGCAUCCCAAACUCAAUUUGUUCUCUAGACCCUUUAGAUUUCCCACUUUCCUCCUUUUUAAGAUCCUUCCAAAUUUGGGACAAUAAAUUUAUAAUGAAGCAGCAUUUUUCAGAGUACAUAUAAUCAUUCAAUGUAAAACUGAAAUACUUAUGUAAUUAUAUUUUAAACAGAGAGAGCUGAAUUAAAAGAAUGAUCAGCGAUUUUUGUUAAAAAUUGCUUUUGUGCUGCAAAUGCCAAUUUAGCAUCAUUAGUGUCAACUAGAUUUCAUUUUUUUCUGAUUUUCUGGCCGAUGUUUGGCAUUGUUUAGAUAACUUUGCCACUUGCCUUUAACUUGUAAUACCUAACAUAUAUAUUUUUUUUCUGAAAUACAAAAUGAUAUCAUGACAUUGCACAUUAUUUUGAUAACUUCUUUUAAAACGAGAUUCAAUCGAUAUUAACAUUUGAUCAUUGUACCAAUAGAGUGUUACUUUCAGUUUACAUUCAGUGUUAAUUUCAGUGUACUUUACUUUUCAGCAUGCAACAUGUGUGCUAGUUUCAUAUUAAUAGGAACUUGUGUUUCUUGCAGCAUACUGAGACGAAAUACCUUGUGAUUAACAAACAAAGUUCUUUAUCUGACUUUACUAUGAAUGUGCUAUUGUAAGAAAAUCUUUGUAUAAUAUAACUAUAGUUUAUUGUAAAUAGAAAUGCAUUUUUUUUGUGUGUGUUGUAAAUAGAAAUACAUUUUUUUUGUGUGUGUA